AAAAAUUUUCGUUGCCAAGGUUUUUCUACAAGCUCCUCCCCAUUUCCUUCUUUGUAAAGACAAACAGACGCAAGGGAAAGAGGAGAAACCAAGAAGGGUUCCGAGAUACACGAACAGCCACCAUGUCCAACGUCCCGCCGGACGAAUUGAUCGUCCCCGAAGAACGCCGCUCGAAAUACGACCUCGACACCCGGAUUCUGCUGACGGCCAUAUUCUGCCUCCUCUUCGUCGUUGCCCUCGUCACCUUCCUCCACCUCUACACGCGCUACGUCCUCCGCCGCCACCGCGCCGCCCACCGCGCCACCACAAUCAGCCUUUUUCGUGUUGGGGUCGCCACCGCCGGCCCCCACGAAGAGCUCCCCAAGGUCGGGCUCGAUCCCUCGGCUAUCACCGCCCUGCCGAUGUUCCCUUACCGAAGAACUAACAACGCAAGCAAUGGUAAACACGAUGGUAGCAGCGCGGCGUGCGCGAUUUGUUUGAGCGUGAUAGAAGAAGGUGAGAUAGUCCGGUUGCUGCCGAGCUGCACGCAUGUGUUCCAUGUCGGCUGCAUAGAUAUGUGGUUGAGCUCUAAUUCUACGUGCCCGGUUUGCCGGGCUGGGGUGGAGCCACCGCCGAUGGCGGUCGCCGUGGAGACGGGCGAGUCGUCAGCACCACCACCAGGGAUACGUGAGCUAUCGGGUGGCGGCGUCACCGAGGGCACGUCGGAGACGAAGGAAGGAGGCUUGAAGGAUGGUGGCUCGAUAUCAUCGCGGUUUAGCUCAUCAUUUCGGAGGAUGUACAUGUUGAGCACGGAGAGGUCUGCAGGGAGGAGAACUCAAGGGGAUCAUGAGGUUGAAGACUUGGAGAGGCAGUAGAAAAUUUUUUCAUAUGGCACUUGUCAGAUUUCCUUGUUCUUUUCCAACACUUUGAUUUCUUCGGGAUUUCUCUCUUCUUUUUUUUUUUAAAGUCUUGAAAAGGUUUAUAUGUAAACAUGUUACAUGCACGAACAUAUACAAUAGAUUGUUCAUGAAGUAAGGGGAAGAACACAGAUUUUGUUGGUUAUGGACUUCAGAUUA